AUGGCGAGCAUUCGGAGGAGAAAGCUUUUGGCAUCUUGCCUGUGCAUCACAGCCACCAUCUUUCUGCUUGUCACACUCCAGGUAGUUAUUGAACUGGGAAAAUUUGAAAGGCAGAAGUUUAAAAAUUCCAAUUUUCAAAAUGGACAUACAAAAGUAGAGGAAGAACCUAAACAUCGCUAUCCAUUCCUUAAGAAAGAAGCAUUGACCUCGAAUGGGAAAAAAACAUCUGAAACUGACAGCUACCCUAUAAUGCUCUGGUGGUCCCCACUGACGGGAGAAACUGGAAGAUUAGGCCAGUGUGGGGCAGAUGCUUGUUUCUUCACCAUCAACCGGACCUACCUGCAUCACCACAUGACCAAAGCAUUCCUCUUCUAUGGUACUGAUUUUAAUAUAGAUAGCUUACCCCUGCCUCGGAAAGCCCAUCAUGAGUGGGCCCUUUUUCAUGAAGAGUCUCCAAAAAACAAUUAUAAGCUCUUCCACAAGCCAGUCAUUACCUUGUUCAACUACACAGCUACAUUCAGCAGGCACUCCCAUUUGCCACUAACUACCCAGUACUUGGAAGGCAUAGAAGUCCUGAAGUCACUCAGAUACCUCGUUCCUUUGCGGUCCAAAAACAACCUUCGACAAAGACUUGCUCCACUGGUAUAUGUUCAGUCAGACUGUGACCCACCAUCAGAUAGGGACAGCUAUGUUCGGGAGCUCAUGACCUACAUUAAAGUUGAUUCCUAUGGUGAAUGUUUGCGAAAUAAAGAUCUCCCCCAGCCACUGAAAAAUCCAGCCUCCAUGGAUACGGAUGGUUUUUAUAGGAUCAUUGCACAGUAUAAGUUUAUCCUUGCUUUUGAGAAUGCAGUUUGUGAUGACUACAUCACGGAGAAGUUCUGGAGACCACUGAAGCUGGGUGUAGUUCCUGUGUAUUAUGGAUCCCCCACCAUCACAGAUUGGCUUCCAAGUAACAGAAGUGCUAUUCUUGUAUCAGAGUUUUCUCACCCCAGAGAUCUGGCAAGUUACAUUAGACAACUGGAUUCUGAUGACAGACUGUAUGAAGCCUACAUAGAAUGGAAGCUGAAUGGUGAGAUCUCUAAUCAGCAACUCCUCACAGCUCUGAGGGAACGGCAAUGGGGAGUGCAAGACAUCAACCAGGACAAUUAUAUUGAUGCAUUUGAGUGCAUGGUUUGCAACAAGGUGUGGGAUAACCUUAGGCUUCAGGAAAAGGGCUUACCACCAAAAACUUGGAAGGCAGAAGUUACCCAUCUAAGUUGCCCAGAACCUACAAUGUUUACUUUCUCACCUCUGGGUCCACACUGGAGCACUUUGCGAGAGAUGUGGAUACCAAGCUUCCAGCAAUCCAAGAAAGAAGCCCAAGCACUACGGUGGCUGGUCGAUAGAAAUCAAAACUUUUCAGCUCAAGAGUUUUGGGCCCUUGUGUUCAAGACCUAA